AUGCUGCCCCCGGAGCUUGCAUCGGCCGGAAACUCGCCAGCGCGACCUUCAGCGGUCUCAGGCUUCGGGGAGCGCGAUGCGCAGAUCUGCAUUCCAUCGGAGGUUUCACCGAAGCGGCCCGCUCGGCCUGCUCGGCCCGCAUGGCCCGCUCGAGCAAAGCCUCGGGCCAGGCCUCGGGAGCCUCGGGAGCUGCCGGCGGCCGUGGCCCCGACCUUUUGCCUGAACAGCGAUGUGAAGGAAGGCUUCAGGGAAGGAAGGGACGAAGGCUUCAGGGACGGCUUCAGGGAGGUCCUGGCUUCCCCUCCAAGGCGGAAGCUGCCCUCGAGAGGCCGUUUGAGAGCCUCCGUGGUGGAGCCCAGGACCACUAGCUCCGACGUCUUCGUUUCUGACCUCGGGCGAGCGGACCCUGUCCCUGUAGCGAGCAUGCAGCCAUCGGAUCUGCCCGCCCUGUCUUUGCACCGCGGUGACCGUGGCACGUCCUUCAAAGAAGAGGACGCUGCGGACGAUCUGCGGGGCAUCGUCAGUCUGGAUGUCAACGUAGACACUCCUGCCUCUGUCACCUUGGAAAUUCCAUCGAAAGCAGAGAGUUCGCCCAUCGACAAAGAGGAGGACAUGUUGCGAGAGCUACAGCAACUAGCAGCUUCCGUGCAACCGGCAACUGAAUCAAGCUCGGAUUCCGAUAUUGAAGGCACAGGCACUCCAGAUGCGAGGCUCGUCAUAACCCAAGAUCCACGCGGGCAUGGCAGUUCCGCGCAGGCUCCGGCUCCUGCGAAGCCAAGCGGGCAUGGCAGUUCCGCGCAGGCUCCGGCUCCUGCGAAGCCAAUUGUGCCGACGGACACGCAGGAUUUGCUGCAAGCGUCGUCCGGGAGGCGGGAGAGCGAAGAUGUGCUCGACAUCCUCGCGCAGCUGUCUGAAGACUCCUUGGAAGUCGAAGAGGAUGAGGAUGCUGAGGACGAAGAAGAGGAGGAGGAGGGCGAAGACGGGGAAGAGGGCGAAGAGGAAGAGGAGGAAUCUGAGGCUGCAUCUGCGACGAGAUAG